AUAAUCUGUAACAGAAAAUUUGACACGAUUGUACGAUUGUAUUCAAUUUGCUAUUUUUAUGAAUGGUGGGACGAUUUUCUAAAAUAGUACCUCUAUUUGAUCCUUUACAAUGAAAUUAAUAAAUUGAUUGGAAUAAUUUACGCUUCAGUUGUGUUAUAAGCCUUUGGCUGUGAUUAAGUGAUAGUGUGUAACACCAGCGCCGCGACGUAAUCAUGGCGGACCCCCUAAGUUUACUUCGACAAUAUAAUGUAAAUAAAAAAGAAAUUAUUGAAAGAGAUAAUCAAAUUAUAUUUGGAGAGUUCUCCUGGCCAAAAAAUGUUAAAACGAAUUAUCUUAUGUGGGGAUCCGGCAAGGAAGGGAGUAACAAGGAAUAUUAUACUCUGGAAUGUCUACUAUUUAUCCUUAAGAACAUUCAGUUAACACAUCCUGUUUAUGUCAGACAAGCAGCUGCUGCAAAUAUAUCUGCUGUUCGACGGCCUGAUCGUAAAGAAUUGCUAGCAUACUUAAAUGGUGAAACGGCAACUUGUGCUUCAAUAGAUAAAAGUGCACCUUUGGAGAUUCCUACACAGGUGAAACGCAGUCAUGAAAAUGAUGGAGGGGAAUCUGCAGCAAAGAAACCACGUAUUGAAGAGACACAUGUACAAAAGGUGCGAGAGCAGCUUGCUGCCCGUCUUGAUGCACCAAAAGAAGCUUCCGUCACAGUGGACAAUAUUAAGUCUCUGUCGGAGGCUAUGUCAGUGGAAAAGAUUGCAGCUAUCAAGGCCAAACGUUUAGCUAAGAAGAGAACUACAAUAAAAAGUAACGACUAUUCAGACACUUUAGGAGUGGUUGGGUCAGAUUUUAGAGCAAUAUUAGACUAUGAUGUUGAUCUAACCAAAGACAUUAUUAGCCGUGAAAGACAAUGGAGGACUAGGACAACAGUAUUACAGAGUAAUGGCAAGAUGUUUGCUAAGAGUAUUCUAGCUCUCUUAGGUAGUAUAAGAGCGCGGGAGGAAGGAAGACUCGGUGCACCCAGACCUCAGCCUGUAGUAAUGCCUGCGUCAAACGCAUUACCCGCACAACAGACGCAGUACAACAGAUACGAUCAGGAAAGGUUUAUUAGGCAAAAAGAAGAGACUGAAGGAUUUAAGAUCGAUACGAUGGGUACAUACCACGGUAUGACGUUGAAGUCGGUGACGGAGGGGCCCAGCGUGCCCGUGGCCGCACAUGAUGAAGAAUAA